AUGAUAAAUUUCACCUCACAUGGCACCGCCCCUUGCGAAUCACUAAAGAAUGUAAAUUUGCCACAUGUUACAUUUGCUAAUGAUUAUGCUUUCUUUGGCUGUAAGGCUCUUGAAACGAUUAGUUUAGAAGAACUAACAACCAUUGGUGAUGUUGUUUUCUUCGAAUGUAAAUCACUUAAGAAUGUAAAUUUGCCAAAUCUUACAAUUGCUAAUGAUUCUACUUUCUGCGGUUGUGAAUCGCUGAAGAAUGUAUAUUUGCCACAUCUUACAAUUGCUAAUCAAGAUGUUUUCAGUGGUUGUAAGGCUCUUGAAACGAUUAGUUUAGAAGAACUAACAACAAUUGGUAAAAGUGUUUUAUACGAUUGUGAAUCACUUAAGAAUGUAUAUUUGCCACAUCUUACAAUUGCUAAUUUUGAUGUUUUCUUUGGCUGUAAGGCUCUUGAAACAAUUAGUUUAGAAGAACUAACAACAAUUGGUGACUUUGCUUUCACGGAUUGUGAAUCACUUAAGAAUGUAAAUUUGCCAAAUCUUACAAGUUGCGGUCAAUCUGCAUUUAGUGGUUGUGUUUCACUUGAAACAAUUGAAUUAAAUGAAGUAACAUCAAUGGGUGAAACUGCAUUUUACAAUUGCAAAUCUCUUAAAAAUGUAACAAUGUCUCAUCUCAAAAUUGUUAGUAGAGAAGCAUUUUAUCUCUGUAAAGCACUUGAAACAGUAAACUUUGAAGAAGUAACCGCUAUUAAUGAAGGAGGAUUCUUUCAAAUUGAGUCUCUGAAAAAUGUAAAUAUUCCUCAUCUUCAAACUAUUGAACAUAAAGCAUUUAUUGGUUGUAAAUCACUUGAAACAGUUAAUUUUGAAGAAUUAACAAUUGUUGGUACAGAAGGAUUUUCUUAUUGCACAGCACUUAAGAAUGUAAAUAUUCCACACCUCCAAACUAUUAAUGAAAGUGGAUUCGAAUAUUGUGAAUCACUUGAAACAAUUGAAUUCAACGAAGUUACAUUUUUAGGCAGAUAUGCUUUUGUAAUGUGUAGUUCAUUAAAGAAUGUUCAACUUAAAUCUGUAAAAACACUUUCAAGAGGAUGUUUUGCAUCAUGUACAUCAAUUGUUGAACUAAAUCUAACAUCUGUAACAGAGAUCAUCGAUGAUUCUGUAUUUUCUAACUGUCCAUCAUUAAAGACAUUGAUAUUAACAAAUUUAGAAAAAGUUAAUUCAAGUUGUGAAGAUAUAUUUGCUUUUUGCUAUGAUCUCAAAGAUAUUUACUUUGGCAAUUAUCCACCUAAUGAAUUCAAUCAAUACAUAUCAUUUAAAGGUAUGACAGUUCAUAUUCCAUCAGAAGAUUCUUGGGGAAAUUAUGUUUCUCAAUCUCAAGAAAUUUCACCAAAUCACUAUAAAUGGCAUAAUUUCGAAUUCACUUAUUAUCCACCUCCAACAUCACAACCAACAACAACAACGACAACAACAACUGAUCCACCAACAUAUCAGCCAACAACAACAGCGCCAGGAUCACCAACACCAGAUGAUAAGCAAAGAAGGAAGCGAGUUAUAGUUAUUUCAUCUACAGUUUCUGUUGGCAUUCUCAUCAUCAUUGUUAUAUUAGUAGCAUUCGUUCUUAUCUCAAGAAAGAGGAAACAAGUUGAACUUCUUCAAUCUCAACCUCUAUUAACUCAAAGUUAA